AGAAUUUCGUAUGUCAGGCGGCAGUGAGUUCCAGAGUCGGACUGCAUGCACAGAAAAGGAAUAGGAGUAAAAGUCCGUGCUGUGAGGAUGGAACUUAAGGAGGGUUUUGAGGUGGGAUCGACACGGAGCGUCAGGAGGCUUAACAUAAUUAGUAGUUAAACGGAAAGAAAAAAUAUUAUAGCAUUAUACUUAGAAGGAAUGAGGUACGGUGUCUUCAACGAGGCUACAAACGUAAUAAACGAACGCCAAAAAGAUUUUGAAAAUUCCAAAAUGCUGAACAGAGUGCGAAUAGUCGAAGUAUGGAUAAAUUUUAUUAUAGGAGGUUUUGACUUGAAGCCUUAGUAGUAUACAUACAGACAAGCAGUAAUUUUCUGUUCUGUUUUAAUAUUCAAAACUAAUUAGUUGUAUAGUUACUCAAGGUUUUCAAAAGGAAUCAUACAAGACCAGCCAGUAGCUACCGAUAAUUGAACUUGUUGAUACAACUGCGCCCUAAUUUUUGGAAUAUUUUGUUUUAGCAUUUAUUUAUUUUAGUGUUUGGUAGUUUGUUGGUAAAUGAAUCAUUAUUAGGUAGAGCAUUGACCCUAGGCUAUGCAUAAUAUUUAUGAUGAUCAAGUGUUUUUUAUAGAAAUACCCACCUCAAAAUUAGGGUACAUAAUGGACGUUAAUUUUAAUUGUAACUGGUGAAAACAAAAAUAAUUAUAAUUGAACCUAGUUAUUAAAAGAUGUUGGGUUUCCCAGAAAAAAGAAACAAACAAUAAAAAAGAUUCGGACUCGCAAAACUGAGGUUCCGUUCAAAUAAGAAGAAAAAACUAUUUCAGAAAAUUUGUAACAGCAAUAACUUCUGUAGCAAAAUUAGUAUAAAAUAGCUUAAGUGUCUAGCUACCAUUUUUACCAUUAGAUAACCUCGUGACAGUCGGAUCUACAGUCGACUCUUAAUACACAAAGGAAAAAUGUAUACAUACAUGAGUAUUUUGGUUCUUUUUUACUGUCGAUAAAGGUAGUCCUAUUGAUAUAAAAGUGAAACUGACCCUGCACUUCAAAAGAGAAACCGAAAUAAAUGACAAAUAACACACGUUAAAAAUAAGAACAUAAGCCACGUCACAAUUUAAAAAAACAACUACAACGUAAUUGUCAAUGUAUGUACUACAAUUCUCUUUAGCAUUAUUCACACUAAGAGCAUAUUGCGAAAUAAUCGUAUUGACACAAAUAACUGGUCCCACACGUUUCAUAUUACCUCAAUACAAUUUAAUUCACUUAUCAAAGGGUCUUUUAUGUGGAAUGCAUUUUCUACGCACUGUCAAGGUUCGCUCCAAGGUGGACGAAAAAAAUUUGCUCAGUACUCUCCACGCCAGUCACUGUCUUGGACAAAUUGCACUUUUAAAAUCAUUACAAAAGUAAUUCUUGUACAGUGCCGUUAAAACAGUUGAACAGUGAUCAUUGCGUGAAAAAAACUUCAUUUUAAAAUGACAAUAUCGAGUGUUUGAUUUAUUGUGUUCGUUUAUUUUGUGUUCUAUUUUCAAAUUGGACGAAAUGGCGCUCUUUUUGACAGUUACGUUUUUGUUUUUAGUGAGUUUUUUAAAUGUUAGUACGAGGAGCAUACAUCUAAGUAACUCUCAAGCACCCACAUUUGACGAGAGAAAUAAAGAUCAUUGGAACUUGCAGGCGCAAUGGAUAUUACGAUCAAAGAUAUCCAACCCCGUAAACACGAGGGUCGCGAAGAACGUGAUCCUGUUCCUCGGAGACGGCAUGAGCAUCACCACGCUGGCUGCCACCAGGGUGUACCUCGGACAGCAGUACGGGCACCUCGGGGAGGAACUCAAGUUGAGUUUCGAAGCAUUCCCUUAUACUGGACUAGCUAAGACAUACUGCGUGGACAAUAACGUAGCGGACUCCGCGUGUAGUGGUACAGCGUACCUCACAGGCGUCAAGGCCAACAGUGGGACUGUGGGCCUCAGUGGGGCCGUCAAACGAGGGGACUGUAAAGGCCAGAGAGACGGCUUCCACUCCGUCACUGGACUCAUGGACUGGGCUCAGAGAGCAGGGAAAGGCACAGGUGUGGUGACGACAACUCGCGUAACCCAUGCUACUCCAGCAGCGUCUUAUGCCCACUCCGCUGACAGGAGAUGGGAGGCUGACGCCGACUUGCCGAAGAAGGGUCUGCGUUGUGAUGAUAUUGCGACACAGCUGGUUAGGGGACGCGUUGGAAGCAGAAUUGAUAUUGUGCUUGGCGGAGGACGAAAGAACUUCUUUCCUAGGAACGAGAGAGAUCUAGAAGGGUAUCAUGGCUACCGAACCGAUGGCGCCGACUUAAUAAGAGAAUGGAUUAUCAAGAAGGAAUCGCUUGGAGCAGUUCCAAAAUACGUUUACCACAAGGAUGCUCUAAUGAAACUAGACCCUAACGUGUAUACUAGUGUCCUAGGCCUAUUUUCUCCUGAUCAUAUGCCGUACCAUUUGGAAGCAGGGAACGAUGACCCGACGCUAAGUGAAAUGACCCAAAAAGCAAUACAAAUCCUAUCAAGAAGGAAAAAUGGGUUCUUCUUGUUUGUCGAAGGAGGUCGUAUCGACACAGCUCAUCAUGAAACGAAGGCUCGCAAAGCUCUAGACGAGACAGCAGAGUUAGCGAAAGCGGUUGAGGCUGCUCUAAGACUUGUGGACCCGACAGAGACCUUGGUGGUUGUGACGUCAGAUCACAGCCACACUAUGACGUACAGUGGUUACAGUAAACGAGGAUCUGAUAUCUUAGGGCUUAGCAAUAAGUUGAAUGCAUCUGACAAUCUACCUUACACGACCUUGAGUUACGCGAACGGCCCUGGAUUCAGACCUCACCUGAAAAUGAAGAGGCAUAAUCUCGCUUUAGAUAACUUCAAAAGCUUAAACUACACCUAUCCUGCGUUAGUCCCAAUAGGAAGAGAGACCCACGGCGGAGAAGACGUGGCGGUGUUCGCCAAAGGGCCCUGGGCCCAUCUCUUCACGGGCAACUACGAACAGAACUUCUUACCCCAUGCCAUAGCGUAUGCUGCCUGUAUUGGUCCCGGACUGACAAACUGUAAAUGAUAGGGACCAAAAAUAUAGGCGAAGUGGAAAAGUGUAUUGUUCAACUGGUUUUCCCGUGCCUGUAUUGUUAGAAUGGAGCAUAUUAUAUUGUGUAAGACAUAGGUUGAUGUUCACAAGGCUAAAAGUAGUUCUAGUUCUUCUUUUAAAGUCUUGUGGUGUGAGAAAGAACUUUUGAAUAGAAUGUUAAAGAUGUUUUAUUUUAAUUGUGAUGUUAUGUUUGUAUAAUAGCUGUCCUUAAUUAUUAAAUUUGUGUUUUACUACCUACUUUUAAGUCUACUUCUAAGUUACACCUUCAUUAACGCCAUAUUGGUCUGAGUGAAACUAACCGAAAUUUAAUUACUGAGAUCUGCUGUCUGAUUAUAUGUCUGUCCGUCAUCAAACUGUAUUUAAUGAACCGCGAUAGCUGGAAGCCAUAGCAAAUGAAUAAAUGUAGGAAUUGAAUGAAGAAAUUCGUUGUAUCUUAGAAUAUAAUUUCAUAUUGUUUCCACUUAUUAAUACAGAGUGAUGAUAGUUAAGUCAGCUGAGCUUAUCACAAUUCCGCAUUAAUGAAAUCGCAGCCACACCUUUUACAUUUGUCCUUGCAAGCUUUGACUGCCAAUAUACGGAUAGUCAUAAUAUUAUUUUAACAACAAAAACAUACAACAGACAAAACCACUGAGCCAAUUUUGAUGAAAUUCAUGGAACCAUAUACCAGCUAUUUUACUUUAAAUAAAGUCCGAAGUUCUAAGGUAACAACAUAAAAAAAUUCAGACAAAUUGAGAUCCUCCUUCGUUUUGGAGUCGGUUGAAAAUAGAUCGGUCUUUAAUUGGCCUAUUUCCUAUUCAAAGUGACAAUCUGCAUGAAUUAACGCAAUUAACAUGUGAACGUGCAUUCAGCGGAUAAUAGAAUGUAUUGGGUCAAUGGACUGGUUAAUUUGAUAAACUAUUGUUCAUUAUUAAUUAUGAACGAUUAAAGUUACGCAUAUUGUAAAGUGGGAACAAAAAAUUACAAAUUUAUUUACUAUUUAUGUACAUACAAGUUUACAGAGGACACAACAUUUUAAUAGUAAUGUAUAAAGGUACUCUAUUUCUUGUACACUUAUAUAUAUACUUGCUUAAAACUAUAUUUAACUAGUUGACCCAGCAAACGU